GUGGCUACAUUAUUUCUGAGUGCCAGAUACAGCGCUCACGCGCAAGCAAUCACAGAACCAUCCUGAAUUCAAAUAUGUCUCAUCGACUGCAAUGGACGUACAGAGAUUCAUUCAAAUCUUCGGCGGCAUCAUUUUGCACAGCACACCGCAUCUGCAUGUAUCAGCUCAAGGUUAUCGCCACCCAGGCUUAUCAUCGGCUGAUCGAAGAAGUUGGUCUUCCCAUCCCAAAAUACCAGCCCACGUACACCACUAAUGGUCCACCUGGCAAGAAGGGUCAGAACCAGAAUCACUAUGGAGUGCCUGGUCUGCCUUCAGGCUACCCUUCGAAUGAUCAGGGUUUGGCUUCGAUGAUGGCAUCUGACAUGGCAAAGGCUAUGUGCCAACACUUCAUGGACGCUCGCUUGAUCAAAAACGCCGCUGGUCUUGGUAGCAAUCUGUUCAAAGAUCGCGGUACUUAUGUCCUCACGCCCGAGGGUCUCCAUGUCCUGGAACGAUUCGUAUCCAAGAACGGCAUGAAUUCCGACCAUCUGCAACCUGUAUUCGCCUCUCAGCCAAUAUGCAUUACGACGUCAUGCACACAGCUCUCGAUCGACAUCGCGCAGAGUCCAGAACUUACACCCUCGAACUCGUCGAAUGUCUCCUGA